CAGCGAUGACCGCCCAUGCAAAUGAGGGCUCGGCGGGAAAAGGAAGAAAUGGCGCUGGAGGAAGUUUGAAGAGCGCCCAGAGGAGCCGGCUAACCCGCCUGGAAGUGUUCGAGGACGAGGAAGAAGGCGCCACGUCCAACCCUGAAGAUGUUUGAGGACCUGUUUGAAAGCCCCUGCGUUCUCCAGCCUCACACGCCUCUGCUGAGCGGGGUGGCGCCGUGGGGGCGUGGCAUCGUGGAGGACGACAGCCUGAGUGUGGGACAGUUCGUUCUCUGUCAUUGGUCAGAUGGACUCUACUACCUUGGCAAGAUACUGAGGGUCAGCCUCCCCAGGCAGAGCUGCUUUGUCACGUUUGAGGACAACUCCAAGUUCUGGGUCCUGUGGAAGGACAUCCAGCAUGCUGGCGUGCCGGGGGAGGAGCCUCGUUGCUCUGUGUGUCAGGAGGCGGGUCUAAGCUCUGCCAGUCAAAGCAACCACAUCCUGAUUUGUGGAAAGUGUGGCAUCGGUUUCCACCAGCAGUGCCAUGUUCCUCCUGUAGAGGACAGCAGCGAGAGCCCCUGGUUUUGUAGACGUUGUGUCUUUGCCCUAGCUGUCAGGAAAGGGGGUGCUCUGAAGAAAGGGCCCAUAGCCAAAGCUCUGGUAGCUAUGAAGCAGGUCCUGUCGUAUGACCUUGAUGCUCUGGACUGGGACUCUCAGCAUCGGACCAAUCAGCAACAGUGUUACUGCUACUGUGGAGGACCAGGAGAGUGGUGUCUGAAGAUGCUCCAGUGUUUCCAGUGUCAGCAGUGGUUCCAUGAGGCGUGCACCCAAUGUCUGCAGGACAGCAUGAUGUUUGGAGACAGGUUCUACUUCUUCCUGUGUUCCGUCUGCAACAAAGGGUCGGAGUACGUGCGACGUUUAGCUCUGCGCUGGGUGGACCUGGUCCACCUGGUUCUCUACAACCUGUCGCUUAGCAACAAGAAGAAGUACUUCGAACUGGAUGAAAUCCUGGCCUUUGCGUCUUCCAACUGGGAGCAUUUGCAACUGGGAAAGUUGGCAAACACUCCUCCAUCAGCCAGGGGGCAGCACCUGCUGGAUGCCCUCAACAAAUACAAGAGCAAGUUUCUGUGCGGAAAGGAGAUGAAAAAGAGGAAAUGCAUCUUUCGUCUGAGGACGCGUGUUCCCCCCACACCCUCCUCCAAACUGUUUCCUGAGCGUGCUCACUAUGAAGGGGGGCGGGGCUAUAAGAAGGGUGUUGGCGGGAUGAGUGCUUCAUCAGAGAGGAGGAAGAGGAAGUCCAAGUGGUUGUUGGAAGACGCCAUCCCCAAAAACGAGCUGACAUGCACUUGGACGUGUCAUCACCACAUGGCCAACAUCUUUGACUUCACCCUGGAUGACCUAACCAAGCUCAGGAGUGGGACGUUGAGUGUUGAUCAGGAAUCUACAGAUGUUUCCACAUCAGGUUCCGUGACCACCAGCAGCUCCUGCCAUCCAGCCAGGCCAAAGGCGGGCAGCAGGAAGAGGAAGUUGCCAAGCUGUGCCGCUAACCAGUGGACCAAUCACAAUGAGGCAGGGCGGGAUCUUGGAGAGGAAGAGCCUUCUGGAACCAGGGACGACUCCCAAUAUUCUGUUGACUCCUCCCCCUUCCUGUCAGACCCUCCUGACUCCUCCCAUCUACAGUCCUCCAUCUCCUCAUAUUUCAGUGCCUCGUGCCGACUGAUCAGUGGUGAGCGGUAUCAGGUGAUGGCCCGCCGCAUCACCGCUGAGGGGGCGGUCCAGUACCUGCUGCAGUGGGAGGGGACAGCACCUUACUAGAAGCUGGGCUUUUAUUUAUUUCUUAGAAGCACAACAAAGUCCAUGGCAAGUCUUUCUUUUCACACAUGCACAGCACGUGUGCUCUUUCAAUGGGCUCCAUCUUCAAAUAGAGCUGUUGGCACGGCAUAGGCGUGGGAGGUACGGGAGGUGGGCUGUGCCUGGGUCGUGCCCACGGGGUGGGGCCAGUGCAGCCCGGCUCAGUGUGACGCAAAGAGGGGGGAGAGAAGGCAUGAGAGGGUUCAGACGAGUCUCAUGUUAACCCAUCCAGUGCACGCCUUUGAUGUGCAGGGCCCACUGGACUGCUCAUCAGAGGCCCCAAUGCCUAUCACCACCUGGACCACCCGUGGGACACGUCAUCUGUUCCCGUGUCAUGAAUAGGAGUAGAAAAUGAAGCUACAAAGACCGCAGCAGGCCAAUCCAGGCAUGGUGCUUGUGAUCCACCUGCAUGCCUGCCUGUCUUGUAGGGUUCCGGUUAGGCUAACCUUUGGUGGUCUAUUCUCUCCCCGCCCCUCAUCCUCCUUAUUUCCAUCUACUGCAUCUUGUCACGUCACGAUAAGAAUAAAGAUUCAAAGAAAUAUGCACAAUCACAGGGAAAUCCUUAAGACGUCCAUUUAUUCAACCAGCUGAGAGAUGUGAGGUCAUGAGUUAGCAUCCUACGGUAGCUGCCAGCUACCAGCCGUCAGGUUGGCUCCAGUUAUGGGUCACGUCUUUGAUCUGACAUCAGAUGUAUGGGACAGUGAACACAAACAUGACAUCUGCUUCACCUCACC